UUGUUUUGCCUUUGAUUGCAAAUCUACCUUCAGCGAAGUCUGAGGAUGCAGCACCRCAGUUCAUAACAAGACCAAGCAACCAAACUGUUCGCAGUGGAAUGAAUGUUGACUUCAAGUGUGUAGCCUCUGGUUUUCCUCCACCAAAAAUUAAAUGGUACAAGAAAGGAAGAAGGAUUUAUAGUAUACUCACAUGGCGGCACCUCAUAGGAUCUGUAUUUAAAACACUGUAUAUCAUUCCUGUGUAUUGGUCCGAUGCAGGCCAAAUAACUUGUGAGGCAACAAACAGUGCUGGGACUAUCAGAGCACAUGCAUAUCUUAGAGUUGUAUCACAGACCCCACCAAGUUGGACAAAGGAGCCCCAGAAUGUAACUCUCUAUGCUGGUCAAGGAUUCACACUCCCAUGCAGUGCUGAUGCCUACCCAGAUCCUAGCUACAGGUGGACUAGAGGGAUGAACUCUGCUGAUUCAGACCCAUCAAUCAUGGUACGACCUGACGGUGGAAUGAUAAUCACGCCAGCAUCCUUUUCACACAGAGGAUCCUAUACCUGUACUGCAAGUAAUAUUGUUGGAGCAAUCUCAAAAACUGUCUAUGUCAAUGUCUUGGAAGAUCCAUCGAUUAUAAGAGACCCCAAAGAUGCAGUGGGCRUGGUCGGUCAGGACUUGUCGUUACAGUGUGUUGUCAUUGGUAACCCAUCCAUACUUGUAUCUUGGGAAAAAGACGGUACUAAACUGGAUGUCCAGGCAGAUGUUCGUAAAGAUGUAAUGGUACAAAACUGGGACACGACGGCUAAGCUGUACACCCUGAAGAUAAAGCAAGCUAGAAAUAGUGAUGCUGGGAAGUAUAAAUGUGUUGCAAAUGAUGGAAUAAACAUGAAGAUCAGUAACSAAGCAGAAGUUAGCUUUACAGGUUUUUCCAGCCCUCCAACUGUCAAURUCCCCCAUCAAACCAGGACAGUAUCGAAGGGUUCAGAUGCCAUCCUGAAAUGCAUCUUUACAGGAACACCCCUGCCUCAAGACACUUGGUUCAAAUAUGUUUCUGGCAAACAACUGGAACUAAAGAAAACUAUAUCAUUUGUAAAUAAGGCAAAUGUUGAGUCAUCGUUAUUGUUAGACAGUGUGUCAAGAAGUGAUGAAGGAGUUUAUCACUGUCAAGGAAAGAACAAAGCUGGUGUUGCUACUGGAAAUGUAACCCUUAUUUUACCAGCCGAUCCCAGGAAACCAGAAUUAGUGGCCAGCCCAACAACAUUCACAGGAAUCAGAGAUCACAWUAUUAGUCUUUCGUGUAUGUUCACUGGAAUUCCCCAGCCAGAGGUGGAAUGGUACAAAGAUGGUAAAGAGAUAACUGAUGAGCUUGGCCAGAUAGUUCCUGGACACAACAAUACAUACAUAGCCAAGCUAAAUAUAUCUUACAUGGAGUAUAAAGAUGCAGGAACAUACUUGUGUCGAGGGCUGAAUCCAUACGGUCAAGUAGAUGGGAAUGUCMCCCUGGUGAUCAAAGGAAGACCAAUGCCACCAAAUUCCCUUUAUGCAGAAGUAAAAUCCCAAACACUGAUCCUGGUUACCUGGACGCCAGGAAUACCAGGUGGGGUUCCUGUGUCUUACACCAUUGAGUACAAACACAACGAUAGUCAUUCAUGGAMAGAAGUAGAGGCUGGAAGCAACACAUCUAAGACCCUGAGACAUGAUGAAGGAUGGUAUGGAACGGUGUUAAAAGUGCGCGCUUCGAAUAGUUAUGGAUCAAGCAAGCCUAGUGAAACGUUCUAUGUUGAAGGCAAAUCUCUUCCUGGAAAAGAAAAUGUAACGGUACCAAUGGCCAAGAACCCAACCAGGCAGGAGAAGAGUAGAUCUGGGGGAGAAGCCCUAGUGAUAGGCAGCUCAGUCGGAGCUAUAUUACUUGUCAUUGUCUUGCUGCUUAUAAUGCUUGUGUUAUGGAGGAAAAGAGUGUYAAAGAGUAACAAAAGAAAUCGCGCAAGACCUUCACCGUCGUCUGUCUUGUACACGAGAUCUAACGAAGAAGAAGAACUUCUCGACAACACAGGUCUGGCUUACUCCUACGUCCCUGUGACCACAGAUGGAGCCGAGGCAUUAGACAGACAGCCAUCAGCCGAGGAGAACAACUACCAGACAGUAGGUAAGCCUGCUGACUGGGAGGUCCCUAAGAGAUGCUUGACGAUGGAUAAAGAACUAGGAACAGGGCAUUUUGGUACAGUUGUAAAAGCAUUUAUGARGACAGAGAGUGGAAAUAAAACUGUAGCUGUUAAAAUGUUAAAAGCAAAUGCUGAUGCUCUGCACAAGAAAGAAUUUCUAGCAGAACUGGAUCUGAUGAAGAGCAUGAAGCCUCAUCCUAAUAUAGUUUGUUUGAUUGGAAGCUGCACAAAAGGGGAUAACCCGUACAUUAUAGUAGAGUACUGUGCUCUAGGCAGUCUACAGGAUUUACUCAGAAAGAGCCGAGGUAAUCGAGUGUAUUCCAACUUGGCAGGAGGAAGUGUAAGCCUGACAUCUCGAGACUUGUUGUCAUUCAUGUGGCAGGUAGCACGUGGAAUGAGUUAUCUGGCAAGCUUGAAGCUUGUUCACCGUGACUUGGCAACACGCAACGUUCUUGUAGACACGGGGAACAUCUGUAAGAUUGCWGAUUUCGGUUUGGCCAGAGAUAUCUACGAAGACAACCAAUAUCUGAAAACCACAGAGGGUGAGCUCCCCCUGCGAUGGAUGGCCAUUGAAUCCAUCUUUCACGGCAUCACGACWACAGAAAGUGACGUUUGGUCAUUUGGUGUUCUGAUGUGGGAAAUCAUCACACUCGGUGCCAAACCUUACCCUGGUUUCACAAGAGAACAACUCAUAAGUAAUCUACACUUGGGAUACCGAAUGCCUCGUCCGCCGUACUGUAAGGAAGAACUAUACGCAGUCAUCUGGCAGUGCUGGCAGAAGGAACCUUCGGAGAGACCCAACUUCUCGAUGCUUUGCAGAACUCUUAAUCGCAUGCUCACGGCAGARAAGGUUUUGAUUGACUUGGACAACAUAGACGCGAAGUACAUAAAUGCCAACUCCAAUGGGGAACCCAUCUCACCUGCAGCAAAGGAUCCUAAAUGUUGAUUUAGUUUAUUAACCAAUAAGGACUGAGUAACUAGAUCACGUGAACAGCAUUCUCACGUUUGAUCUUAACCAAUCAAAAAACGUACUCUUUAGUCAUGUGACGAACACAAGAUUUAGCUGCAAUUGAAAACCAUCCAAACAAUAUCAAWUAAUAAUUUCAAUACCAUAGUUAGAUAAAUUCCUCUCGUCCUACUUUUGUAGAUUUUAUCUAAAAAAWUUUUUAUUGGAUCUUAUCUAUUUCAUUUUUAAUCCAAUUCACAUAAUGUCAUCGUAAGUAAAUUUCAUUCCAAGAUUUUGAUGUAGACCGCUUUUUAGACCUACUGAAAAAUAACAUGUUGUAAAUAAUCUUUCAUGUAGAUCAAAUAAAGACACAGCAAAACCGCAA